AUGACAGUUCUUCUUACAUUGACAGGUGAUUUUACUUGCAGCCUAAUGGAUGGAUUGAAAGUUUCUGAUGCAAAUUUGGUUGUUUAUAUACAUCCGUCAAAGGCAAACAGGGUUUCUCAAGCGCUUCGUGGCGAGCUAAGUUCACUGCUUUUUAAAUUUAAUGAAGUAUUUGAUGGAGUUGUUUUGGUUUAUGAUAUAUUAGCUCAAAGUAAAAGUGCAAAGAUUCUUCCUGGACUUUCCCCUUAUUUUGGAGUCAAAGUAAAAACAAAACUCUUGCUUUUUUCUCCAAAGCCAGACAUGCUGUUAGAAGGGAAGGUCAUGAAGCUGAGGAAAGAAUCGAUUCAUGUCAUUGUACUUGGUUUUUCAUAUGCAACUAUUGCAGAGGAAGAUAUUCGUGGAGAGUUUAGAUAUAAAAUUAAACAUGGUGAGGAAGUAUUUGCAAGCACACUUCACAAGCGACAUGUGAUCAAGGUUGGAAGCAUGAUACGCUUCUUAAUCAAGAGCUUUGACGAGGAGAUUCUUCACAUUUCUGGGUCUCUGAUUCCUGCUAAUACUGGAAGUGUUGGUUGGUUAGAUAAACAUAUGAGAGAAAGUUCAGAAGAAGACAGGAGUAAUAAGAAAAAGAGAGAAAGGGAGAGUAGAAGAGAAAUGGACGCACAUGGUAGUCGAGUAAUUAAUGAGGAUUACCCAACCAAGAAGCCAAAGAGGCAGAAAAUAGUUGAAUAGCUUUGAGAACAGAGAAUUCUAGAGCUGUUGAGGCACCUUCUCUUUACCUGCAAAUUUUUUUUGGGGUGAUGGUGAAUGCCUCACUGUGAUUUGCCAUUGUAAAAGUUAUAUGUAGAAUUCCUAGAAUUGAUUAUAUUAAUGAAUCUAACAUGGUUCUAGGGUUUAUAGCUAAUAUUUGUUAUUUAAUCACUGAUCUUUUCAAGGAUA